AUGACAUUUAGAUGGAAAGCCACGACACUCGUUGCCGCGAUUUUUCUUCUAUUUCUUGUUUACCAAAGACCGGCGCUUAAACGCUUCCAGGAAUCAUAUGAUCGGACUCAACCCAUUGUUGAAUCAACUCCGGAUGAGAAAGGAAAUAAAUUUCGAUGGUCGGAGGUCCCACACAGUUUUCCUGUUACCGAUUUCAUACCUCUCCCAACAAAUCCCAUCGCAACCAUACCGAGAAUCCAACACCAAUUUGAGAAAGAAACACAAGCAGAAAAAGCUGUGAGACUGAGUAGGCUUGAAGCUGUCAAAGACAACUUUACACAUGCCUGGAAUGGCUAUACAAGCCAUGCAUGGCUGAAAGAUGAGGUAAUGCCUCUUUCAGGUGGAUCAAUGGAUCCGUUCGGUGGAUGGGCCGCGAGCUUGGUCGACACUCUCGAUACUCUCUGGAUUAUGGGCAUGCAUUCGGAAUUCAAAGUAGCCGUCGAAGCGAUUCAAACGAUUGACUUCAGUACUUGUGCCCUUGACCAAAUCAAUGUUUUCGAAACCACUAUUCGAUACUUAGGUGGCUUCCUCUCCGCUUAUGAAUUAAGUGGUGAGAAGUUCCCAGUUCUACUCCAAAAAGCGACGGAGAUGGGAGAGAUGCUGUACAAGUCAUUUGAUACACCCAAUCACUUACCCAUCCUUCGAUGGUACUAUCACGUUGCUGCCACCGGAGCCAAACAAGAGGCUGAAGACAAUGUUCUCGAGUCUGAAAUUGGCUCUUUAACACUGGAGUUUACACGCCUUGGCCAGAUUACAGGUGAUCCACGAUAUUACGAUGCUGUGCAACGUAUCAUGAAUGUUUUUGACGAGCAGCAAGCGUCAUCAAAGUUGCCAGGAAUGUGGCCAGUGGUCGUAAAUGCGAAAGACAAAAAGUUUACGGACUAUGGGGGAUUUACUAUUGGUGGUAUGGCCGAUUCAUUAUAUGAAUACUUACCAAAGCAACAUUUAUUACUUGGGGGCGCUACUCAGCAAUAUCGAAGAAUGUAUGAGUUUGCAAUUAUCGCGAUGAAACGCAAUAUAUUCUACCGGCCGAUGACCAAGAAUGGUGAGGAUGUUCGCUUGCCAGGUAAUGUAGAUAGUGAUGGUAAGACACCGGUUACCGAACUAGAAACUCAGGGUGAAGCACAGCAUCUGGGAUGUUUUGCAGGAGGGAUGGUUGCCAUCGGUGCCAAGAUAUUCGAGAACGAAAAAGACUUGGAAUUGGCAAGGAAGCUAACUGAAGGAUGUCUCUGGGCUUAUGAAAACAUGCCACUUGGAAUUAUGCCUGAGAAGAUGCACACCGUUCCAUGCGAGAACGAAACCCACUGUCCCUGGGACGAACAAAAGUGGCUCCAGGGCAUUGACAAAGACACUGAAGGCAACGAAACUGUACAACAAAAGAUACAACAGCACCGACUCAUACCCGGAGUUACCAAACCUGAGGCAAUCGAGUCUGUUUUUAUAUUAUAUCGCAUCACUGGUGACCCCAAAUUGAGAGAACGGGCUUGGACCAUGUUCAAUAAUAUUAUCAAGCAUACAAUCACCGAUAUUGCGCAUGCUGCUCUCGACGAUUGCACCGUCUCAGAAAACCCCCCUAAGGCUGAUAGAAUGGAGUCUUUCUGGAUGGCUGAAACUCUUAAAUAUUUCUACCUUAUCUUUGCUGAUCCGGAUCUGAUCAGCUUGGAUGAAUACGUGCUCAAUACGGAAGCACACCCUCUAAGACGGCCUAAAUAG